AUGUUGCCCAUCAUUUUGUGUCUGCCAUUUGUUGUUCUUUUCACGAGCACUGCUAAUGCCUACCUGAUCCCACGAGACUCGACACCGGUAUGUACGAACCUGCGAGCCCAAUCAAACAAUGGCGAUCGCAAGAUCGCCCUGGUCAUUGACAGCUCUGGCUCUAUGGAAGAGUCAGAUCCUUACAACUAUCGCCUCAGCGCUGCCAAGAUGGUCCUUGACUGGCUUAUUUCAAAGAGCGAGGUCACCAGUACCCAGAAGCAAGAUGAGGUUGCCAUCAUCAACUUUGACGACAAAGCCUAUCUGGACUACCCACUUGGAGAUCCCGGUGCGGCUGCAAGUUCGCUUGCCCAGAUCGGCGCAGAUGGUGGCACCUAUAUCGCAGGAGGUGUUCAAAUGGCCAUCAAACAACUCAGUGCGGCCAAUACUGGAGAUACCGCCGGUCGAAGCGGCAUUCUAGUCUUCACUGACGGAGAGGACUCGAGCACUCAAGAUCUCGUGGAUCAAAUCAAUCGUGCUACCAGCCUCGGUAUCAGAGUGGCAUUCGGAUUCCUGGAUGACUCUUCCAGCCUGCAGGACACGGAUGUUCUUUCAGCGAUUAUGCACUCUGGCGGAAGAUAUUUCACCAUACAGAACUACAAUGCUUCAAAGGCUUUUAUCGACGGCAUCAUCGUCAAUGGCCUUACGCACAACGACAACCCGGACGGAGAUACUACAACUUUGUUGGCUGGUCUCGACGCGUCACACUUCAUUUCAGGCUCCGAGACACAGACCAUGAUUUACAGCGCAAGGGCCAAGGAACAGCUGACAUUCAACGUCCAAAGCGUCGAUGCCGGGACCCUGACGGUGCAAAUCGUGUCUGGUGGCAAAACCCUUGAUAAAGGCCAAUCAGACUACUAUUCCAGUUACUAUUCCGACGGAUACUCUGUCGUUGCUCCCAGCACCGACACGAUCGAUGUCAAGGUGACCGCCGACAACGCGGCAAAGAAUUCCAUCUUCGUCGUCGGGGUGACCUCGAACCUGCCACCAGAGAACUGCACAGUUGGCGUUGGUGACGCACCCAAAAAGAACAACGUGCCCCAGAUUGUCGAGGGGACUGUGAGCAGUGUGGUUGGACUUGUCGUGCUAGCUGGCAUUGGCUAUUUCAUCUACAAAUACUGCUACAAGAAACGAUGUGGAAAACGCCAUCCCCAUCAUGACAAGGACAAGGACCACUCGUCAGAUCACUCGCUCGACCCCAAGCAUCCCACAGAGACAUCCGUUCGAGAAGUACCGGGCCAAGACUCCAACCCGUCUCGCAUACCUUGGUUCAGUUUCCCGCCGCCUCUGCCGCCCACGUAUCAUCACCCACCUAAGAAGACGAUGACUACGGAUGACCAGGACCGGGACCGGGACAUGGAUGAGGACUCUGGCUCAGAAGCUCCCAGCUACAACGACAACUGUGAUAACCAAUCUCAGUUUUCGGACCCGCCAGACAAGCUGAACAGUGAUGGACCACCGUACCACAAUGCCAAUCCGCCAUCUCAACCUCCUUGCCAGAACAGUAACCCUCCAUAUCAGAACGGUAACCCACCCAGCCAGCCAUCCUAUCCCGACCAACCGCAAGAUCCCAGUCAACCAUCGAACCCCAAUCAACCCUCCAACCCUCACCAGCCAUCAAACCCGAACCAACCCUCCAACCCGCCCCAGCCCUCUGACCACGAGCUCCACCCACACCCACACAUAUACCAGCCCCGAACAUACGGAUCCAACCACCACCACCACAUCUCCGCCUCGCACCCGUGCUUCACCAAAAGAUGCCCCAUCGCAUCACCAACCCACGUUUGCUCCGACCCGUCUCACCCAUGCACAUGCGCCGACCCAAAAUGCCCGCUGAACCGCCGCCGCCACAGAUGUCGCGACCAAGAACAACACAUGCCGCCGCCACCGCAGCAGCAGCACACCUGCGCGGGCCCGGACUCUGACCCGCGCUGCCCGCUGAACGACGCCGAAUAUGCCCGCCGCAAGAAGGAGGAGCGCGAGAUGCUGGUGAAAAAGUACACGGCGCAGGAUCGGGCCAAGGGUGCGGUCAAGAUGGCGGUUUCGACGGUCGCUCAGGGCGUGCUGAUCUCGCAGUUGGGCUAA